AUGUCGAUCCUGACUUCUGGAGUUCAUAAAUUUCAGGGUUCUGAUAUCGAACUCACGUAUACGGUGCGAGGAUCUGGACCGUAUCUUGUUGUUCAAGCAGCAGGAUGGGGAAUUUCCUCACAGUAUCUCCAAAUUGGGCUAUCGCCUCUUGAGGCUGAAUUUACCAUCAUAUAUUUAGAACCUCGCGGUUCAGGCUCUUCCGAGCGGCCACUGCAGGAAGACAUGAUGAGCAGCUCCGAUAUGGCCGACGACAUCGAGCAUUUGCGAAAGUAUUUAGACUUCAAGCAAAUUGAUCUUCUUGGACAUUCUAAUGGGGGCACCAUUGCGCUUGCCUAUGCCCAGCGAUACCCAGUGUCAGUCCGAAACUUAGUUCUUGUCACACACUGGCUUGAAGGAUACGAUGACAGCCACACCUGGCAACGAUUUGCGAAUGAUCGAAAGGACAAUGCAUCAUUUUCGAAGGCACUUGCGGCAAUUGAAAUGAUAAGGACUCACAAUUUUCGGUCGCAGCAGGAGUGGUUUCAAAGCUUACGUGUGGGAUUAUCGUUUUAUCCUGCCAACCCAGACAAAGAUUACCCCACCUUUGAGAAGGCGAUGGGUGAGCCCUCAUGGUGGGUUUACAAAGCUCAGUCCGCAGCCGACAAGAUCAAGCGUCUUGAUCUAUAUGCGGGACUCGAUAAAGUCAGGGCUCGAACGCUAUGCUUGGGGUGUUCUGAAGAUCCAAUCUGCUCAGAGAACGUCUCUCGUAUCACAGCGGAGCGCAUAGCUGGCUCUCAGUUAAUUAUUAUUCCUGCAUGUGGGCAUUUCCCAUGGAUUGAGAAGCCAGAUCAAUUCUUCGCGGCCAUCACCACGUUUUUGAGGUAA